CAAACACAUAAUUUCGCCUCGAAGAGAGAACGCACUCAAACAACACCCAACAGCCUCCAGUGACCCACGGAUCUCCUCCUGAGUGUCUCAAGGAGUGUACGGAUGGGCCUGGGACCGCGCGGCGACGGCCGUGCGGGGCGGCGCCGCGCUGGACCGAUGAUGACAGCCAUGCUUUUUGGCUCCCUCAUCUUAGGCGCCUGGCGGCGCGGGCCGCCGAGCGCGUCGGCGGGACCCCCGAGGGCUCUGAGGGGCGACGUGUGUGGUGACGCUAGGGCUCGCGCCGCAGACGCGGUCUCGGACGUCUGCCGCACAGGUUCGCAAAGCCGCUGGGCCUCGUCUCUGCCACUCGGCCUGCGUCCGUCGACGCGCCGCGGCCACUGCGUCAUGUCUACCAUGAAGCCGCGGAACAUGAAACCGGGAGAACUGGAAGGGGCGGGCGAGUACGGCGACAAGAUCCUCAAGACCGACUUCGCGAACCUGCCGGGCAAGGACCAGAUGAAGUGCUUCGACGAGGCCUUGCGACGAGCGGUGCAGAAGAAGAUGAAGUGGCCCCACCCGCCGUCAGGGGAAGUGCUCUUCGCCGCGGUCCGGAAGCACCGCGAGCGAGCCAACGCGCCCGCGGCGAAGCCGAAGGGCCGCCGCGCGCCGGGCCCGCCGAUCCCGUCGCAGCCGCCGCGCAAGCGGCGCUCGAAGCCGCCGCCGGCCAAGCCCGCGGCGCUCGCGCAGCAGAACCUGAACACGAGCGAGUCGGCCAUCGUGGCCGUGGCGCCCCAGACGCCGCUGGUCGACGCGGCCAACUACGCCUUACGGGCGCUUGCUGGCGAAUCAGAGGACGUCGCAAAUGCAUCGCAGAUUGUUGAGGUGAAGAAGGACGGCGGUGAGUGGAAGAAAUUCACGUCGAAGUCAAAAGCGGUGCAGAAGAUCCGCGGCCUCACGACCUACGUGUUAGAUGACCUCCUCGAGGGCAAAGCCUCAGACAUGUUUGAGGCGCGCCGCCUCGUCUCCAACAAGCGGCCGAUCAGCAAACUGCAGGCGUUCACGUGGGCUGCCGACGCGCUCGGCCUGCGGCACGACAUUAGUAAGGCCACGGCCCUCGGCGACCUCGACGCGUGCGUGCUCGAGCUCGUCGAUCACGUUGUGUUGCCAGACUCCGUCAAAGUGCGGCCGCCGUCCUGGGAGGCUUUGCUGAAGUACGUCAAGUCGUUAUCCUCACGCGAUCAGCGCGUGCUCGUCGAGAAGACGCGCCGCGCCGAGAACGAGCGCGUCCUGAAGUUGCGUGAGGCUGGUUGCGACCUUGGACGCGAGGCUCAACGCGAGUUGCGCCGGGAGGAGGCCGAGGAGGGCCGGCUCCGGGACGUCGAGGCCUUGCGUGACCUGCUGCUUCUGGGCUACAACCUGCUAGACGACAAGACGACUCAGAGGGCCUUCGAGGGCGAAGUCAAAGUGUCCUACUUGCCAUCGCAUGUUGUAGAUGAUCGCCGGCCCGUGUACGUCAAGUACAAGGGCGAUCAUAGGGUCGAGCUCAAGGCGGGGCCGUGGCCCGACCGCUACGCGUGGGGCGACGGCGUCCUGGAGCUUGGGUCGGCGGGCGGGGCUGAUAAUCCGUACGGUCCGCGCGAGACGCUGGUCGCGACGAUCAGCCGCCAGGCACCUGGGGACUUUGCCUGGUUCGAUUGCGACGGCGCGUGCGGCGACCGGCGCUUGCUGCACCGCGGCCAGCGCGGCCGCGUCGCGGUUACCUUGACGCCGCGCCAGCCGGCCGGCGCCUACGUCCGCCAGCGCCCCUUCUCCUCGCUCGAGCAGAUGCAGAAGCUGGGCUUCCGGCUGGUCGAGGAGGAGGCGGCGACGACUGCCAGCGGCGAGACGAUCGAGGGCUUUGGGAGGUGCAGCUUCACGUUCCACGUCGACGAGGACGGUCCCGACCAGAUGCCGGCGCUGCGAGAGGAGUUCCUGCGCUUCCGCGGGGACCUGCUCGGCGUCACGCUCAAGGACAAGCGCCUCGCGGAGGGCGUAUACGCGUCGACCCGGCGCACCCAGAACGGCGCCACCGACGCGCCCCAGGUCGUGUCCUUCAUGUUCUCCGUCCCGUGCCGCGCGACCGGCGCGACGCCGCGGACCGAGCGCGCCCUCCAGCACCUCAAGGACCAGGGCUACCCGCUCAUGGCCACGCUCGACCACCGGUGCAUCCUCAACUCCGUCGCCUUCGAGUUCCUCGCCUACCGGGACCCGUCGGUCGGCGGCAAGUGGCACGUCGACCGGGCCAAGGACCUCCUCCUCUCGGCGCUCCAGAUGAAGUCCGUCACGAUGAAGGAGGACGCCAACCUCAAGCGCUCCAAACAACACUUCACGCGGGAGGAUGUGGCUCAGAUGGAGGAGUGCAGCGACGACUCGGUGAUCUAGAUCCGGGCGUGUGCUGUGAUCCUGUCCCCGCCCCUCGCCCCCUUGACUAACUAAGACUGGUCUACUCGCAACUACAUGGCCCACGUCAUCCGCGCC